GAGGACCACUGCUAAACCCAUGUAAUGCUUGCAGGCCUGGGACCUAAAGGUGAAGAUGCUGGGGGGUAACGAGUUCCUGGUGUCCCUGACUAACUCCAUGAUGCUGUCAGAACUGAAGAAGCAGAUUGCCCAGAAGACUGGUGUGCCCGCUUUUCAGCAGCGCCUGGCCCUAACAACUGGGGAGAUGCUACAAGACAGUGUCACCCUUCUCAGCCAGGGCCUGGGCCCUGGCAGCACAGUCGUGCUGGUGGUAGAGAACUGCAGCGCCCCCCUGAGCAUCCUGGUGAAGAACGAAAGGGGCCGCAGCAGAGUCUAUGGGGUCACGCUGACACAGACUGUGGAAGUGCUUAAGAGGCAGGUGUCCCAGCAGGAGCAAGUGCGGGAAGAUCAGUUCUGGCUGAGCUUUGAGGGAAGGCCCUUGGAGGACAAGCAGCCCCUGGGGGAGUAUGGUCUAAAGCCUCAGUGCACAGUGAUCAUGCAUUUGCGCCUGAGGGGCGGUGGGGAGGACUAUGCCUAGCACCCCUAUCCAGAGCCA